AUACGAGCGGAAACCAAGGCAAGACUGCAUGACUCAACACCAGGACCUUGGUUGUGUAAGAACUUAGGAAUUAAUUAUUUUAUUCUUACAUAGGAAAAAUCAACAGUAAAAAUGUAAGGGAAAGAAUUAAAAAUAAAUCGUCAUGUAAUGGGAAAAAUCUAAAAUGUUUAAAAUUAUAAUUAAUAAUGUACUUAGUCACUUUUAAUAUAAAGCUGAAACUGUUUUUAUGAUUAAAAAAAAAUAUAUAUUAAUAAGGCUUUGGUGGAAAAGUUUGGACACCCCUGAACUAAGUGUAAGUAUCGAUAUUUUAAAUUGAGCAUCGAUAUUCUAGCAUAAAGAUGUGGUAUUCGUUGGUAUCGAUAUUUCAGUAUUGAUCCGCACACCACUGUAUCCCCAUUAGCCUUUGACCACUGGGUGUCAUCCAAGCAACAAAAAUACGAGCGGAAACCAAGGCAAGACUGCAUGACUCAACACCAGGACCUUGGUUGUGUAAGAACUUAGGCAUUAAUUUAUUUUAUUCUUACAUAGGAAAAUCAACAGUAAAAAUGUAAGGGGAAAAAAUAAAAAUUAAAUCGGUAUGUAAUGGGAAAAAUAUGAAAUGUUUAAAGUUAUAAAUGAUAAUAUACUUAGAUUCAGCUAUGUAUUAAAAGUGACUAAGUAUAUUAUUAAUUAUAACUAGCCUUUGACCACUGGGUGUCAUCGAAGCAACAAAAAUACGAGCGGAAACCAAGGCAAGACUGCCUGACUCAACGCCAGGACCUUGGUUGUGUAAGAACUUAGGAAUUAAUUAUUUUAUUCUUACAUAGGAAAAAUCAACAGUAAAAAUGUAAGGGAAAAAAUUAAAAAUAAAUCGGCAUGUAAUGGGAAAAAUAUGAAAUGUUUAAAGUUAUAAAUGAUAAUAUACUUAGUUUCAGCUAUGUAUUAAAAGUGACUAAGUAUAUUAUUAAUUAUAACUAGCCUUUGACCACUGGGUGUCAUCCAAGCAACAAAAAUACGAGCGGAAACCAAGGCAAGACUGCCUGACUCAACACCAGGACCUUGGUUGUGUAAGAACUUAGGAAUUAAUUUAUUUUAUUUUUACAUAGGAAAAUCAACAGUAAAAAUGUAAGGGGAAAAAAUAAAAAUUAAAUCGGCAUGUAAUGGGAAAAAUCUAAAAUGUUUAAAAUUAUAAUUAAUAAUAGUCACUUUUAAUAUAAAGCUGAAACUGUUUUUAUGAUUUAAAAAAAAAAUAAAUUAAUAAGGCUUUGGUGGAAAAGUUUGGACACCCCUGAACGAAGUGUAAGUAUCGAUAUUUUAAAUUGAGCAUCGAUAUUCUAGCAUAAAGAUGUAGUAUUUCGUUGAUAUCGAUAUUUCAGUAUCGAUCCGCACACCCCAUUAGCCUUUGACCACUGGGUGUCAUCCAAGCAACAAAAAUACGAGCGGAAACCAAGGCAAGACUGCAUGACUCAACACCAGGACCUUGGUUGUGUAAGAACUUAGGAAUUAAUUAUUUUAUUGUUACAUAGGAAAAAUCAACGGUAAAAAUGUAAGGGGAAAAAAUUAAAAAUAAAUCUGCAUGUAAUGGGAAAAAUAUGAAAUGUUUAAAGUUAUAAAUGAUAAUAUACUUAGUUUCAGCUAUGUAUUAAAAGUGACUAAGUAUAUUAUUAAUUAUAACUAGCCUUUGACCACUGGGUGUCAUCCAAGCAACAAAAAUACGAGCGGAAACCAAGGCAAGACUGCAUGACUCAACACCAGGACCUUGGUUGUGUAAGAACUUAGGAAUGAUCUCUUUGAAGAACAAGUCCUUAGGGCAUAAAAACAAACCCCGAGCUGUAACGGGAGAAUGUGUAAGAUGGAGGGCGGGCAGCGGGGCAACGUGCGGUCCGAACAUGGCCGUCUUUCGGAGCGUUGAGUCCGACCCCCUCCGCCCCCCCGCCCCCCCGCCCCGCACCAAUGUAUGGAAGCACUGCGGCACGUUGCGCACACUAGCGGGCUGCGUUGGAAGGGAGAGCGGAAGACACUGCGAGAGGGAGGGGAGGUGGGCUUCCUUCUAGAACACGCCGUCAGAGAGCACACUACGGAGGGCAAAACAACCGGGACAUUGCGGACUAACAUGGGCGGGAAGCAGCGCUCCUGAGCGGCUCCACUCGGCGUCAACCUCCGCUUGAUCUUGUGGGGAAAACGUGGCGGGGGCUUCGUCGUCUUGCGCGGGGAUGUUGUGGCGGCAGAAGAAGCGGCCAUCGCUGUAGAGAAGACACAAGAAGAAGACUAUUCCUUACGGACAUUCGGCAGCCAUUUAUUGCGCUUCUUUAAUUGGCUCGUAAUGGCGACAAAUUGCAUCGAGAGCUUUUAAUCGCAACAAGCGAGCACGUUACAAUAUUUGACCCGCGCGAAGUCAACUAUAUUGCGGCGUUCGUCGACAUUGUUGGCACAAAGGCCGCUUUUUAACAAAGCGAGGCCUCCUCCGGUGAAGACGAGGAGCAGAAAAGGCGUGUUUUUAAAUGUUAAUGUCGACCGACGUUGCAUCCGUCAUGCUGCCCGUGUCACGCGGACUCAUGGAGCGGGAGAGGGAGCUGGACACCCUGGCCGGGGUGCACCCUGGCGCGGCCGGAGCCGCGGCGGCGUCCGUGCGGGGAAUGAAGCGAGGAGACCCGGAGCCGGAUGGGCAGACGGCGGUGGCGCUGGUGGACUCUGUCGGGGCGGAGUGCAAGCGUCCCCGCAUGGACGGCACCGGGGGAAUCUGCGAGGUUGGACAGAACGACCCGCUGAACCUUGGUUACCAUGGAUACCCGUCUCACAGUCAGGGCUCUCAGGAUGCUACUUCUGGUCAAGAGGGUCUUGUACCUCCACCCUUCUCCACCUUCCCCCCACCGCCGCCGCCACCCCCACAGAACGGCCUCGCGCUGGACUACGCCGCCAGCCUGUACGCGGCGGGUGCGGUCCAGGGUCCCGUGGAGGCCGGCGGAGCAGCCAUCAGCAUCGCCAACGCUGGCCAGCAGUCAGAUGUCUCCUCCCAGCUCGAUGGCCAGUCGGGCCCUGGAGGCGGCGGCGGGAGCAUCGGCGAUGAUUCAGACGCCAAGGGGGCCCCCAAGCGCCUCCACGUGUCCAACAUUCCCUUCCGCUUCCGAGACCCCGACCUGCGGCAGAUGUUUGGGCAAUUUGGCAAGAUCCUGGACGUGGAGAUCAUUUUCAACGAGAGGGGCUCCAAGGGCUUUGGUUUCGUGACGUUCGAGACCAGUGCAGAAGCGGAGGGUGCCAGGGAGAAGCUGCACGGUACUCUGGUGGAAGGACGUAAGAUCGAGGUCAACAAUGCCACAGCCCGAGUGAUGACCAACAAGAAGAUGACAACUCCGUACGCCAAUGGAGAAGGCCUGGCAGCUCUACCAUACGCCGGCUGGAAGCUGAGCCCCGUGAUGGGAGCCAUGUACAGCCCCGAGCUCUACACAGUACCAGGGUUCCCAUACCCCACCGCAGCGGCGGCCGCCACCACGGCAGCAGCUGCGGCCGCCACCUUCCGCGGCGCUCACCUGCGGGGUCGCGCACGGCCCGUCUACAGUGCGGUCAGGGCAGCUGUGCCACAAGCUGCCAUCCCCACCUACCCUGGCGUGAUGGCCUACCAGGAUGGUUUUUACAGCGCCGCUGAUCUUUACGGCGGCUACGCGGCGUACCGUUACGCCCAGCCCACCGCGGUAGCCACGCCCGCGGCUGCGGCGGCAGCGGCGGCGGCAGCUUACAGCGACAGCUACGGCCGAGUCUACACGGCUGACCCAUACCACGCUGCUCUCACCCCAGCAGCCUACGGUGUUGGUGCCAUGGCGGCGCUGUACAGAGGAGGCUACAGUAGAUUCACCCCCUACUAGAGACACUACACAAGCUCUUCCAGGCCGUGUGGAGGUGGACUACACCCAGACAGGUCCCAUGUUUCUGAAGUAGAGGAAUGCUUUAAGACUGAUGACAUUACAUUCAAAAGGUAAAAAAAUAAAUAAAAUGCACGGCUGUAUUAUAGUCCCCCGCCCCACCCCCCCACCCACCCACACCCCCCCCCCAGCACAAGACUGGAGAUGGAGCCCAGAUGUUCUUCCAAAGGCCCUUUUUGUUGACCUUCUGACCUUCCUCGGCCAUCUGAGUGACGUGCACGUUCAAGCCAGCUAGAAAAGUGCGCCUUCACAGAGGGAAGAAAAAAAACAAAACGACCCACCGAUGGAUUGGUCCUGAGUGGAUGUGGGAGGAGGAAGGAUCCACACCCACUGUGCUCCUGGAGAGUGAACAGGUCCGGGGAGGUAACCUCCGCUCGUCUUAGCAGACCUUUAAAAAUUGCUCUUAUGCAAAUUCAUUAGCUUAGAGGCAAAUUUCUAAUGGCUGUAAUUAUCCUCCCUUUUUCAUUCUUGCAGACAUUUUGUUGGUUUGCCGUCCGCUAGUCUUCAUUUAGGCAGAAACUAAACACUUUCUUCAAAAUACUGUAUUUCCUCUUUUAGUGGCUUUUGUUUACUUCGCCGCCCACAAAAGGCAUGUCAAAAAAAUCAAUUUUUCAUUCCUAUUUUAACAAAAAAAAUCAUUUUAUUAAUUUUUUAAAUCCGUCCUGUCCUCAGACAUCUUUUUCAUUGUCAGAUUACUGUAUUUUCCAGACUACAAAGCAUACUGGUAUAUAAAACCCACCCACUAAAUUUGAGAAAAAAUAAAUAUGUGUCCAUAUAUUAGUCGCACCGGACUAUAAGUGGCAGAUAUAUUUGCUGUGAAAUGACUUAUUUACACAGAAAUAUUCUGGAAAUGUUUAUUUACAUACCGUAUUUUUCCGAGUAUAAGUCGCUCCGGAGUAUAAGUCGCACCGGCCGAAAAUGCAUAAGAAAGAAGGAAAAAAACAUAUAUAAGUCGCAUUUUUUGGGGAAAUGUAUUUGAUAAAACUAGAGAUGUCCAAUAAUAUCGGCCUGUUGAUAUUAUCGGCCGAUAAAUGCUUUAAAAUGUAAUAUCGGAAAUUAUCGGUAUCGUUUUUUUUUAUUAUCGGUAUCAGGUUUUUUUUUUUGGUUUGUUUUUAAUUAAAUCCACAUAAAAAACACAAGAUACACUUACAAUUAGCGCACCGACCCAAAAAACCUCCCUCCCCCAUUUACACUCAUUCACACAAAAGGGUUAUUUCUUUCUGUUAUUAAUAUUCUGCUUCCUACAUUAUAUAUCAAUAUAUAUCAAUACAGUCUGCAAGGGAUACAGUCCGUAAGCACACAUGAUUGUGUGUGCUGCUGCUCCACUAAUAGUACUAACCUUUAACACUUCAUUUUACUCAUUUUCAUUCAUUACUAGUUUCUAUGUAACUGUUUUUGUAUUGUUUUACUUUCUUUUUUAUUCAAGAAAAUGUUUUUAAUUUAUUUAUCUUAUUUUAUUUUAUUAAUAUUUAAAAAGUACCUUAUCUUCACCAUACCUGGUUGUCCAAAUUAAGCAUAAUAAUGUGUUAAUUCCACGACUGUAUAUAUUGGUAUUGGUUGAUAUCGGCAUCGAUAAUUAAGGAGUUGGACAAUAUCGGAUAUCAGCAAAAACCCAUUAUCGGACAUCCCUACUAAAUAGAGAUGUCCGAUAAUAUCGGCUUGCCGAUAUAUGCGUUAAAAUGUAAUAUCGGAAAUUAUCGGUAUCGUUUUUUUUAUUAUCGGUAUCGCUUUUUUUUUUUUUUUUUUUAAAUUAAAUCCACAUAAAAAACACAAGAUACACUUACAAUUAGUGCACCAACCCAAAAAACCUCCCUCCCCCAUUUACACUCAUUCACACAAAAGGGUUGUUUCUUUCUGUUAUUAAUAUUCUGCUUCCUACAUUAUAUAUAUCAAUAUAUAUCAAUACAGUCUGCAAGGGAUACAGUCCGUAAGCACACAUGGUUGUGCGUGCUGCUGCUCCACUAAUAAUACUAACCUUUAACAGUUAAUUGUACUCAUUUUCAUUCAUUACUAGUUUCUAUGUAACUGUUUUUGUAUUGUUUUACUUUCUUUUUUAUUCAAGAAAAUGUUUUUAAUUUAUUUAUCUUAUUUUUUUUUUUUUUUAAAAGGACCUUAUCUUCACCAUACCUGGUUGUCCAAAUUAGGCAUAAUAAUGUGUUAAUUCCACGACUGUAUAUAUCGGUAUCGGUUGAUAUCGGUAUCGGUAAUUAAAGAGUUGGACAAUAUCGGAAUAUCGGAUAUCGGCAAAAAGCCAUUAUCGGACAUCCCUAAUAAUAAUGUGUUAAUUCCACGACUGUAUAUAUUGGUAUCGGUUGAUAUCGGUAUCGGUAUAUAAAGAGUUGGACAAUAUCGGAUAUCAGCAAAAACCCAUUAUCGGACAUCCCUACUAAAUAAUAUUAUUUGAUAUUUUACGCUAAUGUGUUAAUAAUUUCACACAUAAGUCGCUCCUGAGUAUAAGUCGCACCAAACUAUGAAAAAAACUGCGACUUAUCGUCCGAAAAAUACGGUAGUAUUAUUAAAACUUCUUAAGAAACCUUCUUUUAUUGCUGCUAAUUGCGCCCAAACCUGACUUAUUGUGCAUUUCCCAGAGCUACAAAUAGAAUUACUGUAUUUUCCCGACUAUAAAGCGCUCAGAUAUAUAAGCCUCACCCUCUAAAUUUAAGGAAAAAGAAACCUUUUUCCAUAUAUAAGUCGCACCGGACUAUAAGUGGCAGAUACCGUAUUUGUCGGAGUAUAAGUCGCUCCGGAGUAUAAGUCGCACCUGCCGAAAAUGCAUAAUAAAGAAGGAAAAAAACAUAUAUAAGUCGCAUUUUGGGGGGGAAAUGUAUUUGAUAUAAGCCAACACCAAGAAUAGACAUUUGAAAGGCAAUUUAAAAUUAAAGCUGCAAGCAGCGAUGGACGGGACCGACUUUGAAGGCUCAUAAAAUCCAAACCGGAGCAGUAAUUAAAACUUUCAUCAACUUUUAAUCAGAAGGGUUCCAUCUCUCUCCUGUGCUAAUUUGAAGCUGACACGACAAACGCGCUCAGAGGAGAUAAUGUUUGAAAAAAGGCGACUGUUUUUACACAACUUUUGUUUUGAAGGGGGAAUUGCAAACUUCCUGUUGAUUUUUGCUGGGGUGUUGUCAGCGUAUGAAAUAUAGGUCUAAGUGAGACCUACAUAGAGGUUUUUGUUUCAUGUCUCUACCACAUUCCUACUUGGAGUUACAGGAAGUUUUGUCUUGAGUUUUCUUCCUAGGGGGCGCUAGAGCGCAAUUUUGAGCUUUGGGGUUUGGUUUUUUUGAUUAGAUCGCAAUUUUCACCAGUCCUGAUGUGUGCACCUGAGUAUAAGUCGCACCCCCGGCCAAACUAUGAAAAAAAACUGCGACUUAUAGUCUGAAAAAUACGGUGUAUAUAAAACGCAGCCACUAAAUUGGAGAAGAAAUAAAUGUUUGUCCACAUAUAAGCCGCACCGGACUAUAAGUGGCAGAUAUAUAUGUUGUGAAAUGACUUAUUUACACAGAAAUAUUCUGUAAAUGUUUAUUUACAUACCUUCAUUGUUUCCAAACGGUGUCUGUAUGUAACAGGGCAGUAAAACGGCUGAUCAAACAAAACAGAAGUCACGGUCAAGGACCCCGCUAGCUGCGCAAGCUAGCUCUCCAAUCAGCUAAACAGACGCAACGUGUUGGUGAAUUUACUGAGGACUUUGUGAAAGUGAAACCCUACAAAAAGAAUGUAAGUUAUUAACACUAAACGCAGACACUUGUAAACGUGUUAGCAUAUUAGCUAAGGCUAAUGACGCUAGCGUGAUUGCAUUACGAUAGCACGUGCUCCUACAAACGUCGCACACGGGACGCUUUAGUAAGUAAGAAUCGUUUUAGUUAUAUUGUGAAACUUACAAACGUUCGUAGUGACGAAUGAAGAAUCCGCACGAGUAGAAACGCUACGGACGAGUUUACUUCCGGCAUCAAAACAGAAGGUUUAUUUUUAACCCGCAGGGAGUGAAUCCGUCCAAAAGAUGGCGCCAGAGCACAAACAAUUUCCGCGUCUCUGCUUGUGUUUUGAUGAAAAUCAUUGAACACAAAACAAUAUGGCCGUUAGCGAAAAACAUCCAUAGAUUAGCUGCACCGUUUUAUUGAAAAGCGUUAAUAAAAGUAGCACGUUUUUGUCUGGAAUUUACGGUAAUUCAUCUAUCAAGCACUUUUUUUCUACUAAGAUAGCUUAACUAUUAUCACGCCUGCUAGCUUGCUCCCAGUGUGUAACACGUGUGGCCCUCCAGUGAUAAUAAUACUUUAUAAUGGUACUUAACACAGUUUGCCAUAAUGAAUGUGAUUAUUAUUAACUUGGGGGAGCGCCUCCACGGCUGCUAGUUUUGCAUGCAGCAUUUUAAUUUGUGCUAUUGUGUAAACUGGAGCUUUACAGAUGCCACCUGAGGCAUUCCUUUGCGCUGGGACAUUAAAGUGGAUGUUUAUUUGGCACCUGGCGUCUAUUUGAGUGGGGCCACUCUUAGAGGAGAUACAGUAUGUACAGUAUAGUUCUGCCAAUUGCAGAAGAUCUUUGUGAUCCAACACGACGUGAGUACAAUCACCACGACAACACUACACGCUGACGACACUACUUUUCAACUAUUGUCGACGUUUAGAUGAUUUAUCCCCCCCCCCGACGCUCCGUCUUUCGCGAGCGAGUCCAACUAACGUCAAAGUCUUCCUGGGAGAGAAACAUAGAUCAUUGUUUGACAUGCAAACACAUUACUUACUCUUGUGCACAUUUCUAUACUCUUUUAUUCUAUAUUUACAAAUGUGGCUUUUUUGUUUUUUUUGGGCUUUUGUUUUUGUUCCAAAGAUUUGUAGAAAGCACAUUUUUCGGAUUAUAUGUAUAAAUAUAUUAUCUCGUUUAUGUCAUAAUCCUAUUGCUGUCUUGAUUUACUUUGUUUUAUAUAUAUACAUAUGUUUAUAUAUAUAUGUGUAUAUAUAUAUAUAUAUAUAUACAUAUGCAAGUGUUGUUCUUUCUAAGGAGUUAGUUUUUGAAUGAGUAGCAUUUGGAGUAAAUGCUAAGUGCUAGCGAGAGAGAGGCUAGCACGUGCAUGUGACACUAGCAGACUGUUUCUGUUUGUUUAGCAUGGCAAGACAUUUUAGUCCUUCUAUUUUCAGCCUCCAAAGCGCUGGUCUCAAACUUGCGGCCCGGGGGCCGUAUUUAGUGGCCCUCUACUUAACUCCAUAGUCUAGUGCGAAGCAAAGGUGUCAAACUCGAGGCCCGGGGGGGGGGGCCCAGAUCUGAUCUACCACAUCAUUUUAUAUAACUUUACUAUCCAUCUCUCUAUUG